AUGGCUCAGCUGCCAAUGCGGUUUCCAUGCUGGUGCCGAGCAGUGUAUUCCUGGGGCGGAGAGACUACACGAGAUCUGGGAUUUGUGGAGGGUGACUUGAUUGAAUGCUUGAAUGCAGGCGAUGGACAAUGGUGGAUGGGUCGGUUGCGCCGUGACAGGCGCGCAGUUGGACUGUUCCCGUCCAAUUUUGUCGAGCUUCUGAGUGAAGACUUCGUGCCCGUGAGCCGCGACACUACUAGUCCAAUGGUGCUAGCAGGAUCUUCUCCGAUCAACAACCCCACAUCAGCUCCCAAGAAACAGAAGACUGUCUGGCGGAAACCCUUCCAGGCGCAUAAGGAAGCCGUAUCACCAGCUUCCGUCGCUCGGCGCGCAACCCAAUCUAACCCAGCGGCACCCGCAAUUCCCCAAACACCACCUCGGGAUGGCGCCAUUCCACGAAGUACGAAGCCUUUGCGCACGCAUGCGUCAGCUGUCAAGAACCAAGGCUCACUAUCUCGACCCCAAUCGUCUGGCUCGCGGUCUUCUUCACGCGGUGUCUCUCCUCGUUCGUCUGCGGAGCCUGAACGGGCACCAUCGAUGCUGCCGAGGGGAAGUGUCUCAUCCUCUCGACCUUCAUCCCGUGAGCAAUCUCCAUUACAAACGCAGGAACGUUCAUAUGCAGUGACGCCGAAGGGGAGCAUUUCAUCCACCCGUCCUCUGUCCCGCAAUCCGUCCCCCUUGCCAGUACACGAGCAUUCAUCUGCCAUGGUUCCACAAGGCAGCAUGUCAUCUUAUCGGGCUUCGUCUCGUGAGCCAUCUCCGUUGCAAAUGCAGGAUUACCCGCCCCCGACUCUGCCACAUGGCAGUAUUUCAUCUUACCGGGGCUCUUCGCGCGAGCCCUCCCCAUUGCAAAUGCAAGAAUAUCCGCCACCUACUAUCUCCCAAGGGAGCAUGUCAUCCUAUCAGGCAUCAUCGCGUGAGCCAUCUCCAAUGUAUAUGGAUGAUCAUCCACCUGCAACCAUACCACAUGGUAGUAUGUCCUCCUACCAGGCUCAAUCGCCACUACCAAUGCAGGAACAUCCAUCUGCGACGGUCUCUCACGGCGGUAUGUCAUCUUAUCGUGCUCCAUCGCCAUUACCAAUGCAAGAUCAUUCAUCUGCGAUGGUGCCACACGGGCGUAUUUCAUCUUACCGGGCUCCAUCACGGGGGCCCAUCUCCGCUGCCAAUGCAGGACCAUUCUGCGAUGGUUCCACACGGUAG